GCAGAGACGUCAGCAUACUGCCACAGAUCCAGCAGCACUGCAGAUCUCUCUGUGUGCUGCUAUUCUUCCUAUGAGGGUGAAAGACAGGAGGAGGAGUGGGAGUGAGUGAGAGAAGCGUCUGGCAGCCAUCCCAGUCAAACAGUAAUGCAGAGUAAAGGGGGAGAUAGCAGUCUUUUCACUGAGCCUCAGCACAGAAUCCAGCACUGCGGCCCGGGAGCCCUCCCUUUGUGAGCCAGUGGGCGUGUGAUCUCACCGCUGAGAGGAGGGGCCCCCUUUCCCCUGUCUGGCCAAUCCUUGAGCUCGGUGACUAGGUCACGUGAGAAUCCCUCUUUCAGGUUGCCAUGACAAUGUGCACUGGUCCAGACAGCAUCUUACUGUGGUGAGAAGAGAAGAGGAGGGAGGAUAGACAGCGGGCGGGAGAGCAAGAGAACAAACCCCAGACACCUAUGCUGUGCACCUUUCCUCUAAUGAGGAUGCCUGAGACGGGGAGAUAAAGACUUCACCGGAGCAGAGUGUGUGCUAGAGCCAGGGGCUGGGGCCUGACCAGAGACCCCCGGAGGCCCCCAACUGGGGGGGAGGUCCAUGGGGACUAUGGGGGACCUGGGAGGCUUCACCACUACAGGGGAGAGGGUGAACCCGGCCCACAUCUUGUUUGACCGCUUCGUCCAGGCCUCCACUUGCAAGGUCACGCUCAAGGCCUUCCAGGAGCUCUGUGACCAUCUGGAGCUCAAGCCCUGUGAGUACCGGGUCUUCUACCACAAGCUUAAGUCCCGUCUCAACUACUGGAAGGCCAAGGCACUCUGGGCUAAGCUAGACAAGCGGGCUGGCCAGAAGGAGUACAAGAAGGGACGUGCAUGUACCAACUCUAAGUGUUUGAUCAUCGGGGCAGGACCAUGUGGCCUGCGGACGGCCAUCGAGCUGGGCUUCCUGGGCGCCAAGGUGGUGCUUUUGGAGAAGAGGGAUGCCUUUUCCAGGAACAACGUGCUGCACCUGUGGCCCUUCACCAUCCAGGACCUCCGAGGACUCGGGGCCAAAAAGUUCUACGGAAAGUUCUGCGCCGGAGCCAUCGACCAUAUCAGUAUCCGGCAGCUCCAGCUGAUGCUGCUGAAGGUGGCCCUGCUCCUGGGCAUCGAGAUCCACGUCAACGCGGAGUUCAAGGGUCUCAUCGAGCCCCCCGAGGACCAGGAGAACGAGAGGAUAGGGUGGAGGGCUGAGGUCCUCCCCAGGACACACCCAGUCAACGAGUUGGAGUUUGAUGUCAUCAUCGGGGCAGAUGGGAGGAGAAACACGCUGGCAGGGUUCAGGAGGAAGGAGUUCCGGGGUAAGCUGGCCAUCGCCAUCACAGCCAACUUCAUCAACAGGAACACCACGGCCGAGGCAAAGGUGGAGGAGAUCAGCGGAGUGGCCUUCAUCUUCAAUCAGAAGUUUUUCCAGGACCUCCGUGAAGCCACGGGAAUUGACCUGGAAAACAUUGUCUACUACAAGGAUGACACGCACUACUUUGUCAUGACUGCCAAGAAACAGAGCCUGCUGGAGAAGGGAGUCAUUCUGCAUGAUUAUGCGGACACAGAGAUGCUGCUCUCCAGGGCUAACGUGGACCAGGCAGCUCUGCUAUCUUACGCCUGCGAGGCCGCAGACUUCUCCACCAACCACCAGCUGCCCACGCUGGACUUUGCCAUCAACCACUACGGCCAGCCCGACGUGGCCAUGUUCGACUUCACCUGCAUGUACGCCUCCGAGAACGCGGCGCUGGUACGCCAACGCAACGGGCGCCAGCUACUGGUGUCUCUGGUGGGGGACAGUCUACUGGAGCCCUUCUGGCCCAUGGGCACUGGUAUAGCCCGGGGUUUCCUGGCAGCCAUGGACUCAGGCUGGAUGGUGAAGAGCUGGGCCCAGGGAAACACAUCUCUGGACGUGCUGGCUGAGAGGGAGAGCAUAUAUCGCUUGCUGCCUCAGACAACGCCAGAGAACAUCAAUAAGAAUUUCAGUCACUACAGUGUGGACCCCACCACGCGCUACCCUAAUAUUAGCCUCCACUUCCUCAGGCCCAACCAGGUACGACACCUCAUAGACACAGGGGAUUCAAGUAGGGAAAUGCUUAUCGAAAUGGAGAAUGUAGUCAACUCCUCAACACCCAAGCUCACCCGAAAUGAAUCCAUAGCUCGCUCCAGCAAGCUGCUAAACUGGUGUCAGAGGCAGACGGAGGGCUACAGAAAAGUUAGUGUGACCGAUCUCACCAUGUCUUGGAAGAGUGGCAUGGCCCUGUGUGCCCUCAUCCACCGCUACAGACCUGACCUCAUUGACUUUGACUCUCUGGAUGAGCGGGACCAGCAGAAGAACAAUCAGCUGGGCUUUGACGUGGCCGAGAGGGAGUUUGGCAUCUCACCUUGCAUGACGGGCAAGGAGAUGUCCCAGGUGUCAGAGCCUGACAAGCUCUCCAUGGUCAUGUACCUCAGCCAGUUCUACGAGAUGUUCAAGGACACAGUGCCCCCUGGGGCCGGAGGGGACCAGAACAUGAGCCCUGAGGAGAAAGCUGCGUUGAUCAACAGUACCAAGUCCCCCAUCUCCUUCCUCAGCAAGCUGGGCCAGAGCAUCGCUAUCUCACGGAAGCGUAACCCCAAGGACAAAAAGGAGAAGGAGGUGGAUGGUUUGGGGAAGAGGAGGAAGACCAGCCAGGCUGACCACUCUGAAGACGAAGAGGUUUUGAGGGGUAACCGUGACGACAGGCCAUCUAACAGUACUGCUCUGACAGAAAGGAAGAUGAAGGAAGAGUCAGCAGCUGUAGGGAACCACAACAAAGUCAAGUCCAUGGCCACCCAGCUCCUCGCCAAGUUUGAGGAGAACGCCCCCGCCGAAUCCAAGGGCCUCAAAAGACAGGGGGAUUCUCUGCCCAGUGUGGGUGUCGUCCUGGCGCUGCCCCCUCCCCCUGCCUCCCUGGGCCCCCCCAGGGAGCCUGUCCGCCUAGCUCCGGUCCCUGCAUGGAGACAGGGUUCCCUGAGGAAGGAGUUCCCCCAGAACAUCGGGGGCAGUGACGUGUGCUUCUUCUGCCGGAAGCGUGUGUACGUGAUGGAGCGGCUGAGUGCCGAGGGCAAGUUCUUCCACCGUAGCUGCUUCAAGUGUGACUACUGCGGCACCACACUACGCCUUUCGUCCUACGCCUUCGAUGUGGAGGACGGGAAGUUUUACUGCAAGCCCCACUACUGUUACCGCUCGUCUGGUCAGGCUCAGAGGAAGAGACCAGCAUCGAUCCCUGCUCUGCUCAAUGCUAAGGACAACCAGGGGUCCUUGCCCGCGGCGGUCACCGUGGACUCCCCCGGGAGGGGGGCGAUGGCAUCCCCUUCCCCCACCGAGCGCCGGUCCUCAGUCCCGGAGGUGAACGGGCUGCAGGAGCCCAGCCUGGCUAAGCGUCUGCGGGGCACGCCGGAGCGCAUCGAGCUGGAGAACUACCGUCUGUCUCUGCAGCGGGAGGAGGACCUAGAGGAGGUGCCAGAGGAGACGCUGGCCGAACACAAUCUAAGCAGUGUGUUGGACAAGGACGCGCAAGCAGACCUGGGCUCCAGCAGCUCUGAGUCUGACAUGGAGGAGGAGGACCAGGAGGAAGAGGAGCAACAUGAGGAGGAGCAGCAGGAGCCCCCCAGCCCCUCAGACCUGGGAGGAGUGCCCUGGAAGGAGGCUGUGGAGCUCCAUGCCAAGCUGAAGACUGACAGCGACCCAGGGGCUGAGGGAGAGGAUGGAGAGGGAGAGGACGAGACACAUGGUCACUUCGCUAGGGAUCUAGAAGUGGAGGAGGAGGAAGAUGACGAAGAAGAGGAGGAGGACGAUGAGGCGGAAUCCACUGAUGAGGGGGAGUACUGUCCGUGGGAGCAGGAGCUCCAGUCAGGCAUAUGGCUGGAGAACCUCCAAGACGAAGAGGAUACCUGUAGAUUUAAAGCCAGAAACCUGCAGAUCCAGCAGGUGCUGCAGCCUGUGGAUCCGACGGGCAUUAAGAAUCUCAGACGAGUCUCCGUACUGUCAGAGGGGGACAAGGAGGAGCCUCCUGCCUCGGCCUCCCAGCCAUCCACCACGCUCACCCAGUCCCCCUUCACAGCCCCCGCCCACACAUCCGCUCGUCAUGAGGCUGUGCGAGUCUGGUUGGAGUCGGUGUCUGGAGAGCCCUGUGAGGAUGAUGACCCGGAAGCAGAAGUGGGCAGCCGUGAUUUUGAGCCAGGCACCGAGAUGGACCAGGAGGACAUUCCCUCUGACGCGGAGGCUGAGGCUCGUCUGCACCAGUCAGAGUUCAGUGAUGCGCUUCCUGAAGAGGACAAGAAGUCGCAGAGUCAGGGGAUCGCCUAUAGCAUUGAACAAACUAGUGUCAGUCCGGUGGAGUUAGAUGGGGAAGUUGUCCUCUCGCCAGUCAAAUCACCACCUCCACAGCCUGAUUUACAGAUGUCUCACACGUCUCCUCCCUACCUGGUCAAAUCACCCGGCAUGCGCUUUUUCCCAGAUCCCUUUGCAUCGGAGAACGUCACAAUACCCCAGAGGACAGUUCACACUCCCAAUGCCAAGAGCCCCCAAUACGCUACCCCUGCCCCGUCCCCCAUUCACUCCCCUGUUCAAUCCCCUAUCCGCUCCCAGCCUAUCCCACUGCCUGAGACGGUCACCCCAAAAUCCCCUGUCACCUCUCCGCCCUGCUCCUGCCCCCCGACAGGGAACCCGCUGUCUCCCAUCUGUGCCCAGCCGCUGCCCUGCCACGAGCCCUCCUCACCCCUCACCUCAGACUCCCCUGUCAGAACUCAGCCUGUCCCUGCCAUCACCUCCACGCCGCUGGCCAAACCAGCCUCCUCUGACAGGACUACCCCCGAGCCUCAUAAAUCUCUGGACCUCACAGACGAAACUCCAGUGAAGAAGACGGACAUCAUCGAGGAGUUCUGGCUGAAGAGUGCCGAGAUCAGGAAGAGCCUGGGUCUCACCCCACUGGACCGUAGCAGCAGCAGCAAAGCCCCAGAGAAGUGUCAUGUUACUGUGGGUAAGGUGCCCACUCCGGAAUCCCCCUCGACCAAGUCCUACACCCCAGAGGAUCUCUCGGAGGAGCUUAGGCCUUCCCCUUCUCCCUUCACCGGUCGCUCGGUCAUUCGCAGGCUGAACAUUACGGUGGAGGGCCAGGUCAUCUCCCCUGCGGAGCCCAAGAGCAAUGGCUCAGAACGGAGGGACCUCAGCAGCAGCUCCGGCCUAGGCCUCAACGACAGCACGGCCACCAACCAGAACAGCCAGGCGGCCAGUGACAGCUACCACACUUCCGACUCCACCAUGCUCACCCCGCCUUCCAGCCCCCCGCCGCCCCCGCCCAACGAGGAGCCAGCUACUCUCAGGCAGCAGCAGAAGCACCAGGUGUCCUGGGACAAUGGGAUCGAUGGCCCCACUACACCUGAGCCAGCCAAGGUGGCCCCCACCAAGACCAACAGCCCUGUGCCUACACCGAGGACCCAACUCAGCCCUGUGUCUAUGCCAGUAUCUGCGCCCAAGCCUGCCCCCAGGACAACACCGGUCACCUCGCCGGUCACCUCGCCGCUCACAGCUCCGGUCACUCCAUUGGUGGUCAUGAGACGGGAGAAGAGCAGCAAACCACGUCGGGAGGAGGUGAGGAAGUCAUUCGUGGAGUGUGUGGCGGAGAUCCCGUUUGCGGACGAUGUGGAGGACACGUACGACGAGCGGACGCCGGACACAACCAUGGACAGGUUCUACACUCCGCCCAGCAGCAAGCCCAACAGGGAAAGGGAGAAGCGUCCCCUGCACCUGGCCCUGGCCAUGGAAAACGGAAAGCCCAUUUUCCCUGUGAACCAGCAGGCCUCGAAGAGCCAGAAGGCCCAGCAGUUCUCCCCUGAGGCCAAGGAAAUAGCAGAGGAACGGAUGAGAGCCAGAGAGAAGUCCAUCAAGAGCCAAGCUCUGAAGGAAGCCAUGGCCAAGCAGCUCAACAAGAUGAGAGAGACGGACACGGCCAAGGGCGCCGCCGCCGCGGCUAAAGUGGUGUGGAACGUGGCCUCAUCAGAGACUUCCGGGAAAAGUACUAAGAAGUCAUCCGGUUCUCCAAAGACGUCUGCAGUGAAAUCUCUUGAGUCGAAGAAGGGUGAGACUCUACCAGAGCGUUUCUUUAGCAGUCAGGGUAACAAGAGUCUGGACAGCUCGACCGUCUCCUCCGACGGCUCCGCCUCGGGGGGCAAGAGCAAGAAGCGCAGCUCGCUUUUCUCACCGCGCAAGAACAAGAAGGAGAAGAAAGCCAAGAAUGAAAGCCAGCUCUCCGCCAAGCAUGGCACAGACGAGACGCCGUCGCCGCCCAAACACAAGUCCCUGUGGAAGGCGGUGUUCUCGGGGUACAAGAAAGACAAGAAGAAGAAUAAGGACGACAAGUCAUGUCCCAGCACGCCAUCCAGCUCCAACACCAACGACUCCGGGAAGAAGCGAUUGUCGCCUCUCGGCAGGUCGUCAGAUUUGAAGUCGCGCAGAAACCUGAGCUUCUCUGAGGACUCGGAUCUGUCAUGUGAUGAUGUGCUGGAGAGGUCUUCUCAGAAGUCUAGGACAGACUCUGUUUAUGUCCCUCACGCAUUGGCGUUCAAGAGAGCGUACGCCACCAAGAAAACCUACACAGAGGAGGAGCUCAAUGCCAAGCUGACACGUAGGGUACAGAAAGCUGCCCGGCGACAGGCCAAGCAGGAGGAGCUGAAGAGACUGCACAGAGCCCAGACCAUACAGAGGCAGCUGGAGCAGGUGGAGGAGAAGCAGAGACAGCUGGAGGAGAGGGGCGUGGCCGUGGAGAAAGCCCUGCGAGGGGAAGCAGGAUUGUAUAAAGGGACUUAUUGUACUAUACCAAAACAACACAAAAGACGAUCAGACUAUUGGGGAGAGUCUAAUUACAGUGAAAUCCUGGACUUGCAUCUGGGCGGGAUGGGAAAAAAGGACGACCCCAAACUCAUGCAGGAGUGGUUCAAACUGGUCCAGGAGAAAAAUGCCCUGGUGCGAUACGAAUCUGAGCUGAUGAUAUUUGCACGAGAACUGGAGCUGGAGGAUCGUCAGAGUCGACUGCAGCAGGACCUGAGGGAGCGCAUGGCAAUUGAAGACCACCUGAAGACGGAGGUGGAGCUGGCGCAGGAGAAGCACAUCCUGAAUGAGAUGCUGGAGGUGGUGGAGCAGAGAGACUCCCUGGUAGCCCUCCUGGAGGAGCAGAGGCUCAGGGAGAAGGAGGAGGAUAAGGACCUGGAGUCGGUCAUGCUCUCUAAGGGUUUCAACCUCAACUGGUCCUGAAACUAGACGCACCAUCCACCCCCACUCAGAUAAUACACUACCCCUCCCCUGUGUCAGGGCUCAGUGAAGGCCUAAAUCACAGUUCCAUGCUUGGUCCCAGAUUCCUCAGCAGAGAAUGUGUACAGAACGGAGUUGUCCUUUCACGGCCCUUCUGUUGGCGAAUGUGCGCAGAGUUGUCCUAUCAUGGCUCCGCUAUUGGAGCAGUCUAAAAUGUUUACAUAUCUACUCUGCCACCAGGCAGGCAUCAUUACCUAGUGAUAUCUCACCUCACGGUGGGAGGAGCAACUACAGCCUGGACUUUCUCAGAACCUCAGAAGUUCUUUCGACGUGGUUCUCCAGAACGGGGAACUUACCUCCUCUAGGAAGAAUGUUUUUUAUUUUUUAUUUCUUUUAAUCUCAAUCACACAAAGGGAAGAAAGAGGUUUGGUCCUGCUGAUGUAAAGGAAUUCAAUAUAUGAUAACGGUUUCUGUGUAUUGAAUGUGCAUAACACAACACAUUAAAGAAGCUGUGGUUUUAGAUGAGGGUAGGCCCUUGAUCUAUCGACUGUUACAGGGUUUCUGUAGAAAGGGGAGGAGUGGACCGAAGCCUCUGGUCUCUCUCAUCCUAACCUAAUGACAUCCUCUGCCAUUGUGAAUGCUGACUGAGGGAGGGACAUCCUCUGCAUUAGCUGGCUUUCUCUCCAAUUACACAGUGGCUUCCAUGUUCUGAGGAGCCAAUGAGGAUCACACUCUAAAAGGCCUGUAAUUUUUUUGCACAGAGAUUCACACUAAGAGUCAACGCUAAGGAUCAAUGGAAUCUGGUCACUUAGACGUUUUCAAUUGUGUAUUUAUUAGCGUUGUUUUUACAAAGAACCUGAAUGAACUGUUUUUGGUAUUUUCGGUCAUGGAAGAGAGUGCCUGAACUGGUGGCUCAACAGAAUGCACUUGCGCUCUCUUUAUGACAUUGACAGCAAGGAAGCUAACGGAAAACUCCAUCACCCAGAAGCAAGUGCGUGUCAGGACUGUAUGCUGCUGCAGGCUCAUAUAGAAGCAUAUCAUGUGUUACAAAGUGCACGUUUUGUCAUUGCAGCCGACUUUAAAGGCGAGUCGGGACUGACUGAUCUACAAAUCACCUUGCAUCAUAAAUAACUACUCAAUAUUAUUUGUAGCUCAGUCAGUCACUAUUUACCCAUGAUACAUCACGGUUUUGAUGCUCUAACCUGUAGCAUAGAUUAAUUGACACAUGAACACUUCAGCAAGCAACCCACUUGACACAUCUCUUAGGCUCCUAGUUCUGAGUGAUAAUGUGUCCUUCUCCAUACGAUGCCUUUCCCUGUAUAUCACAUAAAAAUGUCAGUUUAUAUAAUCAUUUGCCCUUAUUCAAUACUAAUUGGCAUAUACUGUACCGUGAAAUAUCCUCAGUGUAGAUGAAAUGUUAAAAAGAGAAAGACAUAGCAGUCGAGUUAAUUUGAUCUCAGAAGAGGCAGUGUCUUAUUGGACUUCCACAGUAGAUCAGUGCAUCGUGUUAUCAUCAUAAUACCAGAAGUGAACUGACACAUCACUAACUGGUGUCACAGUACAGUUGUGUCAGUGAAUAUUUUGCAAUAUCAAAGGGGAUAAACCACAGAACUCAAACACAGCCUCUGGCUUCGCUAUCCCUGGGGCUGAGGUAUAUGACCUGCUUUGGAGCAAAAUGCCUUUUUAAUUUGUUUUAAUAUUUGACAGUUUUCUUUUGAGUUUCAAACUUGUAUGUAUCCCACCAGGGUACAUAUAACUUUUUUGUUAAUCCUUUUUAUACAACUACAGGUGGCCAAACAGCAGUCAUGAGUAGAAGUGGAGACACGAAGCUGCUCUAUUGUUCGAAGUAAACCGCUUCUAUUCAGUCACAGGAGCAUGUACAUUUGUUUGUCAUACGAACCUACUGGCCUUUCUGCCAAACUGUAACCCUUUGGUUGGUCACCGUUUUUUUUUGCUGUAUAGAGUUACACACAGUGAGAAUAUGUGUAAGAAUUAAACGGAGCUGUGAAUACAAAAAAAGUUACAUUUCAAGGCUUGGUGUUUUAGAUGGCGUGUGAUACGUUUGACAGAUUGUAUUGAUAUUUAUUAACAUGUGUGCAAAAAUGUAUCAUAUGUAAAGAAAAAUGAAUCCUAAUUUUUAAAACACAUGGCAGAUAUGUAAAUGCUUAUUCAUGUAGCUAAAAUGCAUAGAGUGUUGGAUGUAUGCUGAAACGGCAAUAAAACCAUGCAGUUAUUUUAAAAAA